AUGUCAACCAACCUUUUCAACCUCAUAAAGGCAGAGCUCCUGCGGAUCGAGAGCGAGAGCUUCCAGGACUGGGACAACAUCGACUCCAUUACACGGAGUGUGCUCCAAGCCAUCACUGCUGAGAGAGCUGCCGGAAUUGAGCCUGAGUCAGCAACUGAGCCCAUGGAUAUUGGCAAUGAGGGCGGAGACCAUGAGGCUGCCAAUACUUCGAACGUCGACGAAUAUCCCUGGAAGUGCAAGGUUCCGGGCUGUACCCGUGCCUACAAGGCAAAGUCCAGUCGCAAACGUCACUAUGGCGCCAACCACAAGGAUGUCGACACACCCCUCGACACCGACGAUGAGCAGUAA